CUCCUCGGUCCACCAUAUAAAUCCUCCCCUACCCUCCCCCUCCUGCCAUACAAGUCGUCUCACGGCUGUCCAAGAUAUGCAUACGAUUCAGCAACAAUAUUGGGCGGUCCGCGAGUAUCUCAGCCCCGUUCUCAAAGAGAGCAAGUUCAAGGAACACGGCCGCAUCACCCCUGAGGAGUUCGUCGCGGCAGGCGACUUCCUGGCGUACAAGUUCCCCGUCUGGUCAUGGGAGAAGGGCGACGCGUCGAAGGCGCGUGACUACCUCCCCGCCGAUAAGCAGUACCUCCUCACGCGGGGCGUGCCCUGCCUCCGGCGCGCGAGUACGCUCGCGUACACGGAUGCGGACGAGGACGCCGAGCGGCUGCUCUCCUUCGCGGACCCCAAGGACGGGGUCGCGGGCGGGGCGGAGGAGUGGGUCGAGACGCACGCCGGACGGAGCGCUGGCGGCGACGCGGGCGGGCACGUCGGCACGAUCGACGACAUCCCCGACGUGGACGAUGCGGACGGGGAGGUUGCGGGCGCGCUGGGGCACCUUAGCUUGGGUGGGGGAGGCGUUCCGGCGGACAUCCCGGACAUGGACGAGAUCCCGGAUAUGGAGGAGGACUUGGAGGACGAGGACGAGGCGACUGCUGCGGCGCCGAAGGCUUCGAACGUCAUCACUGCUGACGAGGUGGAGGUGGCCAAGGGCAACCUGUUGCAAGUGCGGACGUACGAUGUCAUGAUCACGUACGACAAGUACUAUCAGACACCCCGCAUCUGGCUUGUCGGCUAUGAUGAGAACGGCACGCCCCUCACACCCUCGCAAAUCUUCCAAGACGUCUCCGCCGACCACGCCUUCAAGACGGUCACCAUUGAGCCGUUCCCUCAUUCAGCGUCGUUGCAAGCCGCGUCGGUGCACCCGUGCAAACAUGCAAGCGUGAUGAAGAAGGUCAUUGAGCGGAUGAACCAGGGCAUCGAGGAGCAGCAAGCAGCUCGCCGGGGUGCAACCGGGAAGGAUGGGAAGCAGAAGAAGUGGCUCUUCCGCCGCGCGAGCGGCAACGGCAAGGACGACAAGGCUGUCUCCGCAGGUGAGGAGGAGGUCGAAGGCAUGCGUGUCGACCUCUACCUCGUCGUCUUCCUCAAGUUCAUCGCAUCGAUCGUGCCCACGAUCGAGGUCGACUCGACGGCGUCGUUCUAGAGCUCCCCCGGCUCGAGCAGGCGAGUGUAGCGGCGUCUAGAAUGGUAUUGGGAGUGUACGAUUUCGGGAGUAUAUCUUACGUUGGGUGGGGUCGUAGACGCACGAGGAACGAAUGAUACCUGGGACCCUAUGCAGAUCUUGCUUCCAGAGGUUUUGUACCACUAUGUAAAUCACGCAAUGUAUAUAAACGACCA